AUGAUAGAGAAGAAUAAAAAUUUUAAAUAUCGCAAAAAUGAGUCAAUUAGCAUCCAUGAUGUCUAUACCAAAGCUUUGAAGGCAACUAUGACAAACAAUCCUCCUGAAGUUAAAAUUAAUCUCGAUAAUAUGGAAAGCCACAAGGAAGAUGUUAAAGAAGAUAAAAAAAUCAACCUCUACAUUUGGUAUUACAACCAAUGUGACUCCAAAAGAUGCACAGGAAAAAAGCUCAUGAGAUCUGGAUUGAUAACUCCGCUAACCAUAAACCAAAAAUUCACCGGUAUUGUGCUCAGUCCAUUUGGAAAGUCCAUGUUCUCACUGGAAGACAUGGAAAUAGCAAAAACACGAGGAAUUGCGGUUAUUGAUUGUUCAUGGAAUAAAGUCGAAACUACACCAAUAGGAUCGAUCCCUGCAAAACACACAAGGAUAUUGCCAUUCCUUGUUGCUGCAAAUCCAACACAUUAUGGAAGACCAUUCGAAUUGUCCUGUGUAGAGGCUAUAGCUGCUGCAUUACAGAUAUUAAAUUUCCAAGACGAGGCCACAAAACUACUAUCACUCUUCAAUUGGGGCGAAAGUUUUCUAAACAUAAAUGCAGAGGUGUUUAAAUUAUAUUCUACUCGGGGAUUUAAUAGCAAAGAUAUGGAAGAAAUACAAAAUGAAUAUAUUGAAAAGGCAAAAUUAGAUUUAGAGGAAAGAAAAAUCUUAAAUGAACAGAUAGACUAUCAAAACGUUUCAGACAUCAUACAACCCUAG